GUUCACCACGUUCAGUCGGAGACCGUCGUCCAUCAUGUUCUGUGCUGUGCGUCCGUUGUCGCGUCGUCUAUCGCUUUUCCGCCGCACGAACGCCAUUCGAAAGUUCACCGUUCUGGCCGCCGCGAUGUUACCGCCUCAGUAUUAAAAUAAUCACUCGACGUUGUACCGAUUCUGUGUUCCGUUUCCUCCGCGAUCUGUGCGCGCGCAUCGUCGCGACCUUUGGACAUAAUAUUUCGGUUCGGUGUGCGUCGCGAAACGCUCAGCGUAAGAGUUCGCUCGGUCAGCCGUUACCGUUGUCGAAGAGAACAUGGUUUAAGUCGUCCGAGCCGCGGGAAAUUUGAAAAUACCGAAGAAAAUGCCACCUUCUAGAGAUUCAAUGGCUUACACCAAAGGCUUGCUCAAUGGGCCAGGACAAAACAACUGUUUUCUUAAUAGUGCUGUACAGGUUCUGUGGCACUUGGAUAUAUUCAGACGGAGCUUCAGAGAGUUAUACGGACACGCGUGUAUGGAGGAGUCAUGUAUUUUCUGCGCUCUAAAGGAGCUUUUUACUGCACUUGGUUCCAGUCAAGAAACAGCUCUACCCCCUGAUGCAUUGAGGAAAGCUCUUGCUCAAUCAUUUUAUGAUCAGAGAAGAUUCCAAUUAGGUUACAUGGAUGAUGCUGCAGAAUGUUUUGAAAAUAUAUUACUGCGAAUACACUAUCAUAUAGCUAAUGAAGAAGCUGAAGACAUGUGCAAUGCAAAACAUUGUAUAUCUCAUCAAAAGUUUGCUAUGACCUUAGUUGAGCAAAGUGUAUGUGGUGCUUGUGGAGCUACCUCAGAACCUCUACCUUUCACUCAGAUGGUGCACUAUGUAUCUGCAUCUGCAUUGACUGCUCAAGUUAAACAAUACCCUUCAACUGGGCAAGCUGAUUUAUUUGGACAGUUGUUAAAGAAAGCUGGAGGGAUGGGAGAUAUUAGAGAUUGUCCAAGUGCCUGUGGAGCUAAAAUUCAAAUAAGAAGAACACUUAUGAAUAGACCUGAAAUAGUAUCCGUAGGAAUUGUAUGGGAUUCUGACAGACCUACUUUAGAUCAUAUUAUGGCUCUUUUAAGUACUUUGCGUACUUCAUUACGUCUUUGUGAUGUAUUUCAUGGAUCAUUUGAUUUACCUAAUGGAAGCAUGCCCCUACAACAUCAAUUAGUUGGAGUUGUAACAUAUUACGGAAAACAUUAUUCUACAUUUUUUUAUCAUACAAAACUAAAAAUAUGGAUAUAUUUUGAUGAUGCUAAUGUUCGAGAAAUUGGUCCUAAAUGGGAACAGGUGGUUGAGAAAUGUAAAAGAGGGAGAUACCAACCUCUUCUGUUGUUAUUUGCUUCACCAGAAGGAGAACCUGUUGAUGCUACAACAGCACCAAAAACUAUAACAAAAGCUACCAAGCUUUCAUUUUGUACCAGUUCUGCUCAAAGUUUGAGUCAAAGUCGAAGAUCUCUUACGCCGAAUCCAGAGAAACCUCUAUCGAACCAAGGUCAUCGAAGAGCUAUCACUCCUAAUCCAGAUCCGACAAUAGCAUUAGCCAAACCAGGUUUGAAUUCAUCGAUUAAUGAGUAUCAAAAUUUGGCUCAUUACCAGACAGUAAUAAUGGCUAAGGCAGCAGAAAUGUAUUCAACAGAUGAUUUAAACGAUCAACCCAGUUCACCUAGAUCUGUGACAUCAAAAUGUGAACUUGUUAGAAGAGAUUCGGGAAAUUGGAGUGGUGACAGAAACAGUGCUUCAUCUUCAUCCUCAACUUCCUUAGAAAAUCCUUACCAAUAUUUUGUUGGAAAAAUUCAAAAUAGAAUUGGAAAUGGUUUUAGUGGAGUUCCACGAAGUCCUAAUAAAUCAAAAGAUUAUACGAUGAAUCAAUUUGAUUUGGGAUAUGAUUCUUAUUCAUUAUCUUCAAAUGAUAGUUUGCCUUUACAACAGAAUCUCAAGCAUAAUCUACAGCUUGCACAAAUACCUGAAGGACACCAAACUUCUCAUACAUCUUUGAAAAAUGGAUCAAAAAAUUCUGCAGUUGAUGAAGUAGAAAGACUUUGUGCUGAAGCUGAUCAAUUGUUGGGGAAAUCUGAAGCUAGUGAGGAUUUAGUUUUAGCAUUAUCCUUGUGUAAUUUAGCUGCUGGUAAAGCAAGAGCUGCAAUGGACGCCCCAUAUAGUAAUCCUCAAGUAGCUAGUUUUGCAAGAAUGAAACAUAAUACUUGUGUGAUGAGAGCUCGUAGCUUACAUAAGCGCCUUGAAGAACCUCUUCACUCUGCUAAUAAACAUGGUGAAGGAAGGCACAGCCGAGAAGGAAGUAGUUGCAGUAACAGGGGAUCUCAAGGAUCUCAUAGUAGACAGAAUUCUAAAGAUAAAACAGUUCAACAUUCAAGACAAAAUAGCAAAGAAUUACUUGAUAUGUCAACUCAAUUAACAUCUUUACAAAGUUCACCAGUAGAUAAAUCUGUAAAAAAUAUUGAGAUUUAUGCUACUUUACCAAAAAACAAAAAAGGAUUAUUGUCUCGUUCGUCCAACAAAACAAAACAAGUAAUUGAAGAUGAAGAAUACAUGAUAUCUGAAAGACCUGGAAGAAGUUUACAAACCAAAAGUAAAAGUAACAAAAAAGAAGGUGAAAAAAGAGCAAGAAGUGAGGAACGAGGUACUAAAAAUACAAAGGAAUUUGUGUCAAAUUCACUGUCAAAAGAAACAAAAAAACCUAAAGUUGAAGAAAAAGAAAUCAAACAAGGUAAAAAGCAACAUAAAAUUAGAAGAAAACUACUUAUGGGCGGUUUAAUUAAGAGGAAAAAUAGGAGCAUGCCUGAUCUACGCGAAGAUGAGUUGCAACUAAAAGACCCACCUAAAGAGAAAAUCAUAUCUAAAGAUGACUCCAUGGUGGAUUCUAUAAGUAGUCAAAGCAGUUUAAGUGGAUAUUUGUCUGAAGGUCAUUUAGAAAGUACUGGAAAUCCAAACUUACUGAGGAGUAAACUUAUGAGAAAAAGUUUCUAUACUAAUAAAUUCCUUCAUUUUGCUAAAGUACCACCACCACCACCAAUGCGAACCUCUUCUCAAUUGAGUAAGACAGAAAAUAAUAAACAACAAAACGAAUGGUUAUCUGAGUCUCAAUCUUUACCAUACAUACAUUCAUGUAAGGAAGAUGUAACUUAUGCCAAUGGAGGUAUGUUACUUGACAAAGAUAAUAAAAAUGUUAUGAUAACACAAGCACAAGUACAUCAUAAUCCUGAGCAAAAUGCUGUUGUUAAUAAUGUUGAUGAUCUUGGAUUUCCAUUACCACCCUAUCCGAGUCCAUUAAAUUCUGUGUGCCACUCUAGACAACCUAGUGAAGAAUUUCCUCCACCACCACCACCACCACCACCACCACCAGUAUUAGCUGUUGAUGAGGUUGAUGGAGUUUGUCCCCUCAUGCCUAUGGCACAGGUGAAAAAUGAAGAAGAAUGGGUUAAAGAGUUGCAGUUAAAGCAAUCUGCCUGGAGUGGGAAUGAUAAUGUUGGUCAAGAUCUAGAUUCUAAAUCAAUAGUUAAAGAUUUGAAAAAUAAAUUUGAACAGAAGAGCAUUAUUGAUAAUUUAAUAACCCAUGCAAUCAAUAAUUUGCCAGCUGAUGGUAUUUGUGAAACUGUAGUUGACGAAGAAGAAAAGAAAAUUGAAAAAGAGCUUAAAGGUGCUCUUAGUAAGACUUCAUUUGAUAAUAAUGAUUCAAAAAGAAAGUCUGGGAAAAAGAAGAAUGUCACUUUUUGCGAACAAGUUGUUUUAGUUGCAACAGCAGAAGAAGAUGAAGUAGAUAGCUAUAUACCAAAUCCUAUUUUGGAAAGAGUUCUAAGAUCUGUUCUUCAUAAAGACACUCCUGUUGAACAAAAUAGAGAAGUAACUAAAUCUGUUAUUCCAUUGAAACGAAAUGACUCUGGUCAAUUCAACCGCAGCAAUUUGUCUUUAAAAUCUUAUGAAAAUAAUAUUACUGAAGAAAAAUCUAAUACUGAAGUUAAAGAAGAGUUACCGCCAAAAGCAUAUCGAAUGUCUCCUGUACAACAACCACCACAAACACUUUCGCCUAUAGUGCAACCAAAAUUAAAAGCGCCUCUUCCUGAACAAAUUCAAAAACCUGUUGAAUCAGUUAAAAAUUAUCGAAUGUCACCAAUUCAACAAACAACCCCCCUUAAUCAAUCUCCAUUGACACAACAAAAAUUCAAAUCACCUUCCUCUUCUCAAAUAGCAAAUACAAUGUCAAAUUUAUCAAUUAAUUCAUUGGACAGUAUUCAAUCAGUUCAAAAUCAAUCUCUAACAACACAUAAGUUUUAUUCUAAUGCCCAACAAACUAGUAUCUAUCCCCAACAAUAUCAAAGUCUUUCUCCUAUGGGUCAUCAAAAAUCAUAUUUAAAUAAUGAAUCUCAUUCACUCAGCUAUCAACAAAUGAACGAAAGUAAAUCUAGUUGCUCUCCUGUAAAUUCUAGAUCAAAUCAGUCUUCUUUAGAAAGGAAUCAAACAACCAGACAAGUAAAUGGAGUACCGUCUAAUUGUUAUCCACAACAAUCACCUGUUGAUGGUAGAAGUGGUCAUUUUCGAUACAAUGGUGAUAACCAAACACAACAUAGAUUCCAUGGAAAUCAAAUGUCAAAUUUAGAAACAAAUACACAACAGUAUCAAACUAAUCCUGGAUCUCCUAGAACACUUCAUCCACAAAAAAAUUUACAAUAUAAUGUUUCAAAUAUGGAAGCCAGUGGUCAACAUCAAAAUAAUGAAAAUAGAAGUUAUAACCAUGGACAAACUCCUCAGUAUCAAAGUCAACCACAUGAAAGAUUGAACAAUAACAAUCCCAGUCAUUUGAUUGACAAUCGAACAUGCUAUCCUCAUCAGCCCAGCCCUGUACAAGUACAGCAUAAUAAUAACAAUGUUCAACAUCAAAUGAGCCAUGCAGUUAGUGGUGACAAUAGAUCCACCUACAUUCAAACACAACAAUUUGAUAGAUUGAAUACAACGCAUUUGAAUCAUGAUAAAACUGGAUUUGUUCAACAAGGAUCACCCGUUACUCAACAAUCAGAUCGGCUAAAUAAUGUGUCCCAAUAUAAUAGUAAUUGUGAAAACAAUAAAACUGGUUAUCUUCAACAAGGAUUGUCUCCUAAUCAAGCACAGCAAUUAGAGAGGAUGGCCCAACAUUAUGAAAAUAAAACUGGUGGCUAUAUUCAACAGGGUCUCCCAAUAAAUCAAUCACAGCAGUUUGCAAAUGGGCCUUUAAAUAAUAAUGUAACAGGAGACAACAAAACAAAUAACUUGCCUCAAUCUUCACCAAGUUAUACUCAAAAUGAGUCAAGAACUAGUUUUUCACCUCAGUGUUCGCCAAUACCUCCUGUUAGUCCUCACCAGACAGACAACAGACCCCCUGGUUAUCCUAGGAAUAAUGUGGAUGUGAAAAUGUCUCCAUUAUCACAACACUCACCAGGUAUGCUGCAAAGGCAAAGGAGCAUGGUGAAUGGUUUUCAUUCAAUGCCCUAUACUCGACCAGAUAAUGUUGCACAUUUACCUCCUGCACACCCAAAAAAAGACUUGCAAUCAAAUUUUCCAAGGUCUCAAGGGGAAACACACAGUUCAUCAUCACUGGACCGUAAGCAACUCCAACAACAUUACAGUAACCAACAGGAUGGGAACAACCCAACAUUACCAUCUAAAAAUCGGCCAGUAAAUUCUGUACAGAGAACUAGUACGGUGCGGAGGCCUAUGACUGUGUAUGAACCACAACAAUUACCCCCAUAUCAGCAUCCACCUGCCCCUGUGGCAUUCAAACAACAACAACCAAGACCGAACAGUCAGCCAAGAGCCACUACUCCAAAUGGUACAACAGUUCCUGCCAAUGAUCCGAGUCGGUAUACUGUUUACCAACAACCACCAUCUCCCCGAUUGCAAGACAAAUGCAAUAUGUCCAGGCCUUCUCCGUGCAACCUAUGCCGAAAGAAGGCUGUCAAUCAUCCGUCCAUUUAUUGUUCGGACUGUGAUUUCUACAUGUCAAGGUUCAAGCCUAAGGCUCAAUCGACUACGUGCUAAUACUAAUUGUAGAGCAUCCAAUGCACGUGAUCUCUUCAAUUUUGUAUCUGUGAUAUAUAACAAUAAAUUAGUAAUAACUAAAUUAUUAAGUUUUAAUGUUAUAUUAUGUUAGUUGAACGAUACC